GAAACUGAAAGACGAAACAGAGUCGAAACUUGCCUGCUGCUGCUGCGUUGGAAGCUUGUCGCAAAUUGGGAUCAUUUAAAGAUACAACACAUGAUGACCUCCAAACCCUCACACAGGAUGCAACAGAUCUUUUUCCUAAUAUUGUGAUCAUGAUUUCUUGUUUCCAGGACUUGUCUGUCAAAAGCAAUUCCCGGAGUUAUGAAAACUUAAUUUGUGAUGCAAUGUAAGCUACUGGGUUAUCAAGUGGACAAAUUAUAAAAGAAAUUUUACUGUCGCAGGAGAACAUUCGAACACGUGCAAGCGCAAGGUUGCGUGCGGCAGAUAGACUGAACACGAAGUGGCGACGUCCGGGGCGCGGGGCCGUGCCGGGACUAGUGACAUGACCCUCGUUUAUUUGGAGCUGUAUCCUACCAGUUUCCCGAGCCGAGGCCAAGGAAACUUUGCAUUCUUUUCAUCUCUUGAAUUUCAUCGUUCAUCCUCCACCUGUUUUGUUUUUCAAAAAUCAAUGUUUACUGGAACCCAAGCUACCAUGACUUAGCCAUGUCGACGUUCCCACCUGCUCAUUUUCCUGCCCCUAUUACUAGUGGUAGCAGAGGAUGUAAGCCAUUUGAAGCUUUUGGAUGUGUUCAUGCGUACGAUGUUAGGCAAGGAAAGGGAGGUUCUCUAGAGCAAUACUUUCAGUACAACAUCACUGAUGAAGCUGCACAGAAGCUGAUGCCUGCAGGGGCCUGUGUACCUUUCUUGCCACCAAAUGAAGGUUCAUCUGUUGCAGUUGUAAAUUAUGAAGAUUACAUUAGGAGUGGAUUGCUAAAGAAGCAGCUUGGUAUGAAUAUAGAACAACAGGUUGAAGGGUUGUUUGCUAAUCAUCCAGAUAUGGCGUUUGGACCAUUCCAUGAUGUACUAUCAAAUGAUGAAUGGGAGCAGAUCAGGAAACUUCAUGUACCAACCACCAAAGAACAUAAAAAUAACCUAGGUAAGACCAGGAAUAUCCUAGAAGCUGUAUCAUCCGUAGGGGUUGGGCAUUCAAUGGUGCAACAGCUGCUUGGUGAGGAAACACAUCUACAAAUUGAAAGAAUGUAUCACAACGAGUUAUAUUACGGAGGUUGUCUAUCGUUUCAACCUUUUAAGUCAACUACAGAGGGCAGCAGUGGACUAUUGUUUUAUCCCAGUGGGCCAGCAUUAGAUACUGCCAAUAUUCAUGUUCUAGAAUCUGAGUCCAUUCCUUGCUUCAAACCAUCUUCAUCUUUGAAAUGUCAGUUCCCUGUGGCUGGCUGUGUCAGGCAAAUAGACACCCACAGAUCAUCUUUGAAAAAAGAGAUUUUUGCAUGCAUCCGAGCUGACUACCAUGCCUAUGUUGUGAAAUGCAAGAGGAAAGAGAAUCUGAAAUGCGAACUGAUACAUGACGUGACAUCACAGUACAGGCUAACAUCAGUUUCUCUCAGCCCUCACAUAGAAGGGGAGUUACUGUUUUCAAAUGAAAGAGGACAAGUCAACCACAUAGACCUGACAAAAAAAGUAACUGGAAGUUGUGCUGUGUCACCAUCGAGGAGUUUUACCCCAGCAUAUGCACACUUUACAGGUCACCCUCGUCUUGCCUUCGUUCAUACCAAAGAUCAGGCCUAUCAACUGGAUUUUAGGUUACCCAACCAAAUGGAUAAUCAGAAGAUACCUCUCUUUCAACUUCCAAGCAGCUGUUUACCCACUGACCAGUACUUUUGUGUAGCUAUGCAACACCCUAGCAACCCAUUCUACCAUUAUCUUGCCACUCAGCAUUAUCUCUGUCUCAUGGAUGAACGGUUUCCACAACAUUCGGUACUUCAAUGGCCACACCUUCUGUUAACCCCACCCAAUUAUCUACAUAUCACUCCGUCCGUCAUAUUGCCCAACAUGUUGACCUCCGAUGACCUUCUCCUUGCUGCAAGCUACUCAUCAAGGGAGGUCCACUGCUUCCAAUCUUCAAGUUUACAUGGGCAAGCCCCAUUUUCCACCAGACCCCCAUGGAAAUUGCAGGAUAGCAGUGCAUGGUUUGAUUUGAUGUCUGUCAUUCCAAGUCGAGAUGAGGAGCUGAUCAGGGAGAGAAUCUCUCAACCUCUAGUAGGCUUGUGUGCAGCCAAGAUAGAGGAUGAUCAGAAACAAACAAUCACAGUGUUUCAGAUCUCUGAAGCUGGAGAUGUCUACCAGCAAGUCCUGAAAGUAAGCGACGAUGACGAGUUUGCCGAGUCGCUGCAGAGAGACAAAUUGAGUGAACAUUGCGAGAGGAAAUGCAGGGAUUUCAUCGACAGGCUCGUUGUUGCAAGCGACAGGAAGGAGGAGUGUGAAAUCUCCCUCAAGAAGAUGAAGACCAAGAAGAUUCUGAAAGAAAUAGGGAAACAUUUGAAAGGCAAGUCUGGGGGCUGCUGUAUGUGCCAACCUGGAAUGGUCAAGUCACGCCAAGGAAGCUUCUCUUGUAUGCAGUGUGGAUUGACGGCAGAUCAGUCUAGCACCCUUAAUCCAUCUGAGGGCCUUCCAAGGGGUAUUCUUACUCUGCCAAGGCAGAAGAAAACAGAAUACCCAACAGUGUUGCAUCUGAGAAGUGUAAAAAAGACUGACGCAGAACGUUGUACGCUCGGAAAGAGACUAUGGAACAUGUGGUAUGCAGAUGGGGAAACAAGUUCUAAGAGAGGGGCACGUAAACUCAUUAAAGAGGAAAAGAAAACUCCAAAGAAAACUCCUGUGAAACAUCUCCAAAAGAUUUCCAAUGCAGGCAGUCCUGCAUCAACAAAUCAUCGAGAGGGAACUUCAUCAAAGAUGCAGCUUCAAGCUCCAUCUAGGCCUUUGCCUGACCAACCUAGGACCCCUGAUUCAGCGGCAGUCCAGGAAGCCUUGACACCAAGAAAGGUAUCCAUUGUCCUGGAUAGGUUACCGUCAUCCCAAGCAGAUAGUGUGAUGCUGAGCGAUGGAAUCGAAGCUGAAGGACAGUGUCCUAGGGUCCAGGAUACUGCAGGGGAACAGGACAGGUUACCUGUGUCCAAUGCAGAGAGUGCGAUGCUGAGCGGGGAUACGGAAGCACAGUCUCCCAAUGUCUGGGACACCGCACAAACACAAGGACAUUCAGCGAUGGCUGCUGAGGAUCGGCCCCAUGUGCUCCCAAGCCAUCGGGACAUUCCAGAAAGUCCAUGCUCACUCUCCUCUGUAGACACUGAAAGACAAUAUCAGAAGCACCAGCCAAAGCAGCAGGAGAGGAGUGAGCAGCGGCAAUACAACUUUGACACCAACUCACCCAAUGAAAGUCCUGUAGAGAAUAUUAAUUUGAUCAGUUUCCUGAGAAAGCCAAAGAAGUCUUUGAAGAAGAAAAGCCAUGCCAUGGGAUUUUAGUUUAACAUUAAUGCUAGAAGUCCAUAUUUAACUCGGUGUUUAUUUUUCAUUUUUUCAUUUUUACUAAGUAAUUUAAGAGAAAUUUAGUAUUUUUUUUUUUUAAAAUGACAUCAAGAAGCAUGUAUGUAACUCAAACACUAAUCCUGUAGUUUCAAAUCUUCAGUUCACUUAAAAUCAGUUUAAUGCCAAAAAAGAUCAUUGGAUUCUUAGCUUAGAUGAGGCUGUUUAUAACAUUUUAUAUGUCUAUCUGAUACCAGUACCCAAAAAAUUUAAAAUAUUAAAUUGAAAUGAAGUUUGAAGGGCAUUAUACUUGAACCUCAUUCUUGCAUUCAAGAUUUCAGUUCAGUUACGUUUUGCCUACAGUAAAUUGCUGUUUGGUCGACACCUGCUUGUCUUCGAUUUGGUCUCAUCCGACAUGGUCUGAGCCUAGUUCAUCCUUUGAAUAUUUGAUAUACUUGUCAUUUACCAUUCUGUCUAAUUUCAAGUUAAGCUAUAACCUUUUUAUCUAAUAUCUACUUUGACAAGCUAAAAAAAGAAAAAAGGUCUUCAUCAGUGAGUAUAUUAGUGAUAUUGAUGAUCUUUAAUCAAAUUUUUAUUUCAAGCUGCAAAAUAAUUAGUUAAGGAAUUUGAAAUUUUAACUUCUGGAUUUUAGACUGAAUUAGCAUUCAACUAAGUAGGAAUAGACUAUAUCUACAAAUAAUAGGAGGCAAAUGUAACCUCUUGCCACUCUAUCAAAGGUUGUAUUCAACCACUUGGGCUAAACCAAUUUGGUCUUCUUUCAAGUUGAUAUAAUUGCUGUCUGGUCUACCCUGCACUUGUUUUAAUGAGACCAAUUUAAAAGUAAACAAAGCAGGGGUAGACCAAGUUACAAUUUUUCUUUUCCAAGGCACAAGUAAGAAAAUAUAAAAUGCAAUUUUUGUUUCCACUGACAUCAGUCAGUUCAGGGUCAUGUUUCACAAAAAGUCACAACUACUCUAACUUACUGUUAUGGCAACUACCAUAGUUACCUUCAUUAUGAUUGGCUGCUGAGCCCUGUUACCAUGGUACUUGCCAUGAUUGCAAAUUUACGAUAGUUGUAACUCUUUGUGAAACAGACUCCAGGAUAAUCAGGCCCUCUACUUUACUUACAGAAGGUCAAACCUAAAUGGUGUUUUGUCAGUCUAAAAAAUUAAUUUAAGAUAUUGAGUAUCCAAGGCCUGGGGCCCGUUGCAGAAAGAGUUGCAAUCAAUCGCAACUUGAUUUUCAACCAAUCAACAGUGCGCAUUUGGGACUUGCGAUUGAUUUUUUGACUUGCGUUUAAACGCAAUUCUUUCUGCAACGGGUCCCUGAUAAAAUAAUUAAUUCAGCAUUGGUCGGCCAUCUCUUACUAAACUCUUCUCAUGCAAUGUCAGUUAUAAUAACUACUUUUUGUUAUAGAACCACUGAUGAACCAUAUGUAAAUCAGAUACAUUUAUCAAGACUCUAAAAUAAUUACAGCUUUAAGAGACAAUGUUUUUAUAUGAAAGCAUGGGUGUCGAUUAUGGGGGGGAUGGGGGGGAUAUAUCCCCCCAAUAUUUCAAGUGGGGGGAUGGCCUGUAUUAUCAUCCCCCCCCCAAUAAUUUAGGGUAGAAAAAUUAUAAUAAUGAUGAUGAAAAAAUGAAAAGUUUGAUCAUGAUGAUUAUAGUGAUGAUUAUAGUAUGCCAUCAAUCAGUUUGUUUCCCUCGCAAUUUGUGUAUAUUGUUAUUAAAUGAAAACAUUCUUUUUCAGGACUUUUAAACAGAUGGGUGGAAGUUCAAGAUGAAAAAGAAUGAAAUGUUUAUGUAUAUGAUAUUUUUUAACACAUGACAUAAAAGGACCCCAACGAAAAAAAACUUUUGUUGAUAGGGUGUUCCAUCCCACCAGUGGUGAAUUAAUUAAUUUUAAUAAAUCAAUUAAUUCAAAAGGGUGGAAAAACAAACGGGAGUAAAAGGGUGGCAAGAUAAAUCGUCUAAGGAAUGACCAUAUAGCUAUUAGAGUAAUAGCCCCACCAAUAAUUCCGCAUGUGCAACUAAAAAUAAAAUAAGAUUGUAAUGCUACACUGAAACCAGCAAGCGAGAUUAAGAUACCAACUCGAUUUUGAUCUAAAAUCGUGCUCAAAAUGUCUGCUUUUCAGAUCGGAAUAUAAAAUUUUCAGCUCGCGCUUCGCGCUCGCAUCAUUUCUGUACCAAAACCCCAUACUUUUCAUGAUUAAAUAGGUGAAUAGAAUGUCCCGUUUUCAGUUCUAUACCUCAAAAGAACUCCCGCUUCGAUUUGCAAUAAUCUUUUGUUGGAUAUGUAUCUUAUUCUUUAUUAAAAGCGUCCAUUAAAUUGUCUUUUUGUCCAGAUCGAAAUAUUAAAAUUUUCAGAUGACGCUUUGCGCUCGCAUCUCUUGUUCUUCUAGAUAACCAUCUUAAUCAUUGGUACCAAAAGUGCUUAG